GAGGCUCACUUGUCAAACUCAAAGUGGUUGUGAGUAAAUAUUACGACCACUGCGUCGCAUAUUCGGUUAGUUUUUGCCUAAAGGACAUGAUUUCAUAACAGUAAAAUGAUUUGGCGAUGAGAACAGGUGUAGGGUUACAUACCAGGCGAUGAAAUAAUGCACGUUCUUCGUUUUAGAAGUGUGUUUGGCAUCGUUUUUUUGGUUGACUGUUCCACAAAAAUAUUAUUCCACAUAGUUUACAAAAACAUGACGUUUUAAUUCCGUCUGCAACUCAUAUGGUUUCAAUCGGCGAGUUAUUACUAGGUCAAAAUGAGACAGUUGACUCUCAAGGUAACACUUGCUGUUGUUACAGCCAUUGUUUUAGCGUGCAGACUAACAGAGGGGUGCAGUGGAAGAAAGGUACUGAAUGGUCAAAAAGGAAUAAUCUCAGACGGGCCAACAGAGUACCCACAUUUUGCUCAGUGUGAAUGGUUGAUAGAAGCAGGUGGUUCAAAUAAAUUUAUUCAUCUGGAUUUUAAGAGUAUGUCAACAGAAUGUUCCUUUGAUUUUCUAUUUGUAUAUGAUGGGAAUUCCUACAGCAGCCAUUUAUUAGCCAGUUUGAGUGGUGAUAGUCCACCUGAUACACUCAUAGCAAAGUCCGGAUAUAUGUUGUUGUAUCUAUUCAGUGAUAGAAAUUACAUGAAAGAUGGAUUUGAGGCAAGGUAUACAGUUCUAGAUUGUCCCAAAAACUGUAGUAACAAUGGAAAAUGUAUAAAUCAUACUUGUCAUUGUGUUGAUUACUAUGGUGAGGCUUGUGAUAAAUUACGUUGUCCCGACAACUGUAGUAACCAUGGCAACUGUACAGCAACAUCCCCCAAAGGGAAAACUUGUGUGUGCGAGGAAGGGUUUAUUGGUCCAGAUUGUGGCGUUUCCACAGAUAAUGAAAAUGGUUCUCAACUUUGGAAUAGAGUCACGGCGGAUGAUGAAGCCCCGCCACGCACAGCUCAUACCGGUGUUUUCCAGCCAUCAACGAACUGUCUCUGGAUAUUUGGAGGAUUUAAUCUCAACAAUGUAUUAAAUGACUUGAUAAAGUUUUGUUUUAAGGAUAACAAGUGGUCUAAUAUUGCAGCAGUUGACCCCUGGCCAUCCCCCCGUAAGGGUCAUGCAGCUGCAGGGGUCACGGAUGGGUUCUACGUCUAUGGGGGGUCGUCUUUAAAUGAUACACUAAAUGAUGAACUGUGGUUUUACAACACAACAUAUGGAUUGUGGGAAUUGAUGGCCAUAAAUAGUACUGUGAAACCACGAGCCCUAACAGGACAUACACUGUCAAAUGUCGAUGAUGAAUGGCUAUACAUGUUUGGGGGAAAGACUGCAGAGGUUACUGCAUCGGAUGUUAUGUAUAAAUUAAAAAUACCUGCUGCCACACAGUGGGAAAUAGUAAGAAUAAGGGGAGGUAACUUUCCACUACGUAGACUUAUAGGUCAUUCAACGGUAUAUCAUAGAGAAUCUCGGUCAUUAAUAGUGUUUGGGGGGUAUUCACAAACAAGCCGUUUAGUGAGUACAAGGACAAAUGAGUUAAAUAUGUUUAAUAUAGAUGAUGGUUUCUGGUCGAAAAUCCAUAAUAAAAAUUUGGACGAUUCAGGGUUGCCUUUUCCUCGCGCUUUUCAUACAGCUGUGAUAAUGGGUAAUUAUAUGGUAGUCUAUGGAGGUAAUACGCACAAACAUCACCAUCUGGAGAUUUGUUAUAAUAGUGAUCUGUAUCUAUAUCAUCUGGGAUGUCAUGUGUGGCAAAAUGACACAAUGGGUUAUUUGAAACCAACGAAAGGUCGUUUUGGUCAUAUAGCAGCAGUUGCUAAUAGUAACCAAUUGAUUGUAAUGGGUGGUUACUCUGGUCAAGUUCGUUCUGAUUUACUAAUCUAUAAAGUUUCGCCAGCUAUUGCUAGACAUGAGACUGUAGUAUUAGAAGAUAUGGAUCAUUGUUUAGAUUAUUCUAAAGAUGAAACAUGUUUGAAAGAUCCAGACUGUGUAUAUUGUAAAACAGCUCGCUUAGAUUCAGGCAAACCUGGUUGUGUUCAUCGUACUAGAACAGAUAUGUGUUCUGAUGGUAAUAUACAAGAUCUAAAGAGUCAGAGAUGUCCUGGAAUAUGUGCCGUAUUAUCUACAUGUUCAGCAUGUGUUAGCCAGGGAAAAGGGGUAAAUCUGACAGCAUCUCAGCCACGUCGUCGUGUCUAUAAUGAUCCUUGUAGCUGGUGUGUUAAACAAGCAGUCUGUCAGACAAGAGCAGUGCCACAAGGUACAUGUUUAGCAGCAGAGAAUACAUCAUCUGGUAUACAGGGAUGGUGGGAAGGUUUAAGUGCUAGCUUAACAACUCAUCAACAAUGUCAACUGGAGGAUUACCCAGCAGGUUUACAUUGGAUAGAAUAUAGAUUCCCAAUGAACAAAACUUAUCCAGAUCAUUUGAGUAUUGUCCGUCAGACAGAACAAACGUUAAAGUUUCGCUAUAAUUUUAUGAGUGAGAUAGAGAAUGAUUUUACCUAUACUGGUAGAAUGAUUGGUUUUAUACAUCCAUUAAAUGCCCCACCACCACCAGGAAAAUCUCUCUUACGUCUACACAUGAAGAUGCGAGGAGGACAGACAUCCUUAUAUCUUAGUCGAACAAAUGUCACAGUUAAACCAGAAUUAGUAUUAUCGUUAUCAUCACAAAUGAAAUAUAAUGAUUUGUUUUCCAGGAAUUAG